GACGGCACAUGUGUUUCAUUGAAUACAACGGAUAGUGUCUCUUCAUCAAAUCCAUAUAAUAUAUACAUAUAUCGACCUAUACAACAUACACACAGCACGGCCACGUCGCAGAUCAGAAACACUUGUCAGAGACCGAAAAUCGAGACGUAGCGCCAAUAAUAUAUAUAUCAAGAACAAGUAGCAGCAGCAGUGACGGAAGCUCAUCGUUCUCCCUCUCAUUUUUUUUCCUUAGUCGUUUGACUGUUUAGUUCGUCCUUUCACAUUCAAAAGUGUGUGUGUUUGUGUUCUGCGUCUUCCUCUGUCUCUUCCUUCUACUCCCCUCCCCCCUCACUAUAAAGAUAAAGGGGAAGGAAAUUGUUUUGUUGCUGAUCUGCGUUUGCAUCUACGUGCGGUCGUUGUGGCUCGCCCGGACGGGUUGAAUAUCUAGCCGUUCGCCCACGCACAUACACGCACUCCUCCUUCAGGGCUUACCCGUCAUCCACGCGUGUUCGGCCAUUCGUGCCGGCUGCCUUCGUCUGCAUCGAAAUUGGGUCCUCCUUGUUCUCGUCGUUAACAGAAAGAAAGGAGGGCAAAGAAGGUUUGCAGCGUACUUUACUAUUUAUCUGUUUACUUUAUUGUUUUUAUUAUUAUUAUAUUUUCGCUCUCACGAUGCCGCGUCGCCGCUCGCCGUCUCUGGACCCGAGGCCGAUCGUGAUGCACCGCCGUCCUAAUCGUCGCCACCCUCCUUCCCUCCCCUCUCAGCACGCGGAGGAGCACGUCGAGCCUUCCGCGCAAACGGUCUCAGCGAUGCAGGUGCACGGCGUCCAGCAAUCCGUCCCCGUCCUGGACCUCCAGAGCAGCGUCGACGCUCUCCACCGCCCACCCGCCAUCGAGGUCUCACCUGCCCACCCGCGUGUGAGUGCGGCGGGACACAACAUGCCCGCUGGGGACCGCAAAGAUCGUCGCGCCUCCGCUGCGGCGGCGGCAGUGGGCAAACAAAGCUGGUGGCGCCGCUUCCUGGGCUUCAUGUUCCAGCGCGAGGACUUCCUCGACUUCGACACUGCCACGACGGAUCGGACUAGCGCGUCGGACAUCACGCGCGCGGAGCAGCGAACGGCGAGCGUGGUGGAGCGGCUGCGGGUGCCGGGGUGGAUGAAGCACAUCAUCUUCGAUAUGCUCGACUUUUGGAUGCGGAAGCGCGUCCACUUCGUCGUGCUGCUGCUGGCGGUGCUGCUCUACUUUAUUGUCCCGCAAGGCGUGAUGGAGGACGUGACACGCAGCUUUGCGAUUGACGAGGAGACACGCCCGGGGCGGACCUUCUUCGCGAAGUACAACCACGGCGACCACCACCUGCCGCGGCGGCACCCAGUCGCCAUCAUCCCCGGCUUUAUCACAGGCGCGUUGGAGGUGUGGGAGACGUCGCUGCCGUGUGUGCGGAACAGCACCCUCUUUUCUGGGUUUCGGCAACGCAUGUUCGGCUCGCAGAUGCUGUUGAUGAUACUGACGGACCCACACUGCUGGCUGCAGCUGUUCAGCAUGGACCCGAAGACGGGGCUGGACAAGGCGGGCACGAAGGUGCGGGCAGACACGGGCUUCACCUCCGUUGACUUCUUCGUUCCCGGCUACUGGGUCUGGGCGAAGAUCCUCAUCAACCUGGCGGACAUCGGCUACGACCCGCAGAGCAUGGCCGUCAUGUCCUACGACUGGCGCCUCUCCCCGCGCAAGGCGCACGAUCGGGACGGCUUUUUCUUCCAGCUGCGCAACAGCAUUCGCUUUCUGUGCCAGAAGAACCGGCGCCGCGCCGUGGUGAUCUCGCACAGCUACGGCGCCACCGUGGCGGUGGCCUUCUUCCGCUGGGCGGAGCAGCGGGAGAGCGGGUUCAUGGAUCGACACGUCGCCUACUACGUGAACCUCGGCGGCACUACCAUGGGCACCGCCAAGGCCACCUCAUCCCUUCUGUUUGGAGAUGCGAAGGACACCCUCAGCAUUCCGGCCCCCGCCCGCAGAGCGCUGGACACGUUUGUCAGCCAGGAGUCGCGCUACCGCUUCAUGCGGACCAUGAGCUGCCUCGUCUCGAUGCUGCCACUCGGUUGUGAGGAGCUGUGGCCGGACUUGGUCGUGCUGCCCAACGGCACCUCCCUCUCGACGCGUGGCACCGCAGAGCUCAUUCGUGACGAGUGCACCCACUCGGGUCACGAGGACUGCGCACGCGAGACGAGCUACCUACUGGAGACGAUCGACGACCUUCCGGUGCUGCCGCAGGCACCCAACACCACCGUGGCGUGCCUCUACGGUGUCGGCGUACCGGCGGAGGCAGGGUACUACCUGAGAGAGAACAGCGAUCCAAACAGCCGCCUUCGCUACGUCGUGAACAACUCAUGGUUCGACAACACCAGCGCCUACGGUGUCCGCUUCACCGACGGCGACGAGACGGUGCCGCUGCUGUCGCUGGCCUACAUGUGCCGGGCGGUAAACGGGUGGAGCCGCAACGUGGGCCGCGUCAUUACGCGGGAGUACAACCACAACGUGACGGACGCCUCUCCACUCGACCUACGCGGUGGCCCCCGCAGCGGCCGCCACGUCGACAUCCUCGGCAACUUUGACAUGCUGGAGGAUAUUUUAAAAAUAGCUAGCGGCGUUGACGAGAUGGGUGGUGAGCCGGGCCAGGACGAGUUCGAGUACGCGGACGAGUCAACGGGGCAGUCCGUCACGCUGCAGCGCCGUGUGCGGGACCGCAUUUACUCCGACGUGGACUUCCAGAUCCGCCGAAACGCGCGGGCGUGUCUGCGCAAGAAGAACACGCCGAUCCAGCCCAAGGCGGUGGAGAGCCUUGAUGCGGAUAACGAAUUUGUGUGGAGCGGGAUCCCGUCCUCACCGCCGCAGAAGCAUUAG